AUGCCCAUGAUGCCUAUGUUUACCAAGCAUAAGCAGCCUCGAGAACACAUUGCCGUAAUUUAUGAUAGCUUGUUGGUCCUUGAUAAUGUCAAUAAGAAUGAUAAGGAAAAGCGUAAAGCCGUGGAGGAGAUCGCACGAGCGCUAAACUCAUUGAGAGAAGCUCUGGUGGAGCGGUCUGAUUCUCGUGUCUCCGGAAAGGACAAAGAUACCGAGUUUUCAAAUGCAGAGCGAGCACGCAUAAGUGAAACUAUCUCAGAAGUAACUCAAGAAAUUAUCAACCGUGACAUGGUUCCACUCAUUCUUGCCCAUCUCGACGCCAUAGAAUUUGAGAGCUGUAAGCAAAUAGUUGAACUUUUUGGUCACAUUCUCCGUAAACCUGCACGUCCAUUUAAUCCUAUGGUUCGAUAUCUAUGCGAACACCCUGAGAUACUAGCCACGCUCCUUAAAGGCUACAACACACCCGAGACCGCUAUUCACUUUGGAGCUAUAUUGCGAGACGCUUGUCGAAACGAGAACAUAACUAAAUUGGUUCUGGGUUCGCCUGGUUUCUACGACCUCUUUGGGCAUGUGCAAGGUACGGCGUUUGACAUAAGCUCUGAUGCCUUCGCGACCCUCCGAGAUCUACUAACUCGACACAAACCCGAGGUUGCGGACUUUCUUAUAAAUAACUACGACGUCUUUUUCAAACAUUACCUUACUAUGCUCACAUCUGAGAACUACGUCACCAAGCGUCAGGCCCUAAAGCUCUUGGGGGAACUCCUACUGGACCGUCAUAACAGCGAAAUAAUGAAUCGGUACAUUGCCGACCCUGAGAAUCUCAAACUUAUGAUGAAUCUGCUCAAGAGCAAGGAGAAACAGAUUGCUUUUGAAACUUUUCAUUGUUUUAAGGUAGGUUCGGCUAACGUUCGCAUUGGUUGUAUAGCUCUAUUCGGGCGGUCUACGGGAAAAGGGGUUCACAUUCAAAGGCAUGGGAAAUGCCGUCCUCCCAAAUUUCUGCUCUUUAAAGAUUUGCGCUAUUUGUGA